AUGAUUUUAAAGACUUUGGAAAAAAAAGAAAAAAAUAUUAUAAAGUCAAAAAACCUUUUUAUACUGUAUAUUAGAAACAGAAUUAGAUGUUUUAUGAGUGGAACAAAAUGUAAUAAAGAGAUCAAAAAGACAGGACCUAAAGAAAAAGAUGAAUUGGCAAAGGACAAUAUUGAUAAAGUUCGUGUUCAAAGAAAAAAUUUAAUAUCUACAUCUACAAUACAAUCUGAAUGUAUUCAAUGGCUUACAGAUCCAAUGAAGGGAGAAAGAUUUAAAAAGCUGCAAUCUACAUCAGGUAGAAAUUUUAUUUCUGGAAAAGAAUAUCCAUAUCCUUCAAAUCCAACAUUUAAGCCACCAAUUCCGUUAAGUCUUAAUUUAAGAAAAGACAUUGAAAGAAAAUGGAAACAAGGAAAAAGUAUAAAGGAGAUUUCAGAAAUGUUUGGAAUAAGUUUUAUACGUGUAAAAGCAGUGCUUCGUCUUCUCAAAGUUGAAUCUAAAUGGCAUCAAGAAGUAAGUUUUACAGUUUUAUUGAGUUUAAUUCAGCAAAAUUAUCAUUAUUUAAUAAUAUCUAAAUAUAUAUGA